UCUUGCUUGUCUUCCCUGUCUCUCCAUUGCUCUCGCUCUCCAGGAGAAGACUUGUGGCAUGGCCGUGCAGGCGCGGUUCGGGGGCGGCCUCACCGGGUGCCUGCCGCUCUGCGGCGGCGGCGGCGGAUUGGCCGAGGACCAGAUGCUAGCGCUCAGGGACUACGGUGGCGCGCUCCUGCCACUGCCGCCAGCCGCCGCCGCGGGCAACAAGGCGUACCAGUACAACUGCGCCGCCGGCGUGGUCAGCGGCGCGCAGAGCGAGCUGACGUGCAACGGCGGCGGGGUGGCGGUGCCGUCGCGGAAGCGCGGGAGGGAGGAUGCGCUCGACCAGUACGUGGCGUCCUCGUCGGCGGCGGCGCUGCUGCCGAUCCCGGGGACGCAGAGGGCGGUCGUGGCGCGUCACUCUCCCUCGGCGGCGGCGGCGUUCGCGAGCCGGAUGGCGGAGUCCGCGACGGCGUCGACGAGCAGGCGGCCGGCGCCGGCCGCCGUGGUGGCGGAAGCGCUGGCGGCGGAGCUGUGCCGGCAGGGCGCGGAGGUGGACGCGCUGGUGCGCGCCGAGUGCGAGCGGCUGCGCGCCGGGCUGGAGCAGGCGCGGGAGCGGCAGCGCCAGGCGCUGGCGCGCGCCGCCGAGGCGGGCGCGGCGCGCGCGCUGCGGGCGAGGGAGGCCGAGCUGGGCGCGGCGCGGCGGCGCGCGGCCGAGCUCGAGGAGCGGCUGCGGCAGGCGGCCGCCGAGGGCCAGGCGUGGUGCGGCCUGGCCCGCAGCAACGAGGCCGUCGCCGCGGGGCUCCGCGCCGCGCUCGACGCACUCCUCCUCCGUGGCGCCGGCGCCGGAGCCGCCCCGGCGCAGGCCGCCGAGGAGGGCUUCGGCGAGUCCUCCGGCGCCGCCCCUGCCGCGGCGGCGGACGACGCGCAGUCCCGAUGCCUCGUCGAGGCCGAGGCCGAGGACGCCGCCGCCGCGGCCACGUCGGCCACCGCGGCGAGCAGGUGGACGUGCCGGGCGUGCGGCGGCGGCGAGGCGUCGGUGCUGCUGCUGCCGUGCCGGCACCUGUGCCUGUGCAAGGCGUGCGAGCCCCGGGCGGAGGCCUGCCCCGUCUGCCUGGCGCCCAAGAGCGCGUCCAUCCACGUCGCCGCCAUGUGACCGCGCCCGCCACGCCGAGGCCGGCGCCCACGGCGCGUAGCCCCCGGCUCCGGCGAUCUCGCCAGCUAACUUCGUCAUCAGCCUGAGUAAUUUAUACAGCCGGAUACAGUAAAAUACUAGUGGUUACUAUUUAUUAGGACAAUUUUAUCCCGUUCUGUUGUUUUGUAAAAAAAAGUUACCGCCGGGGUCAAAGUCCUGUUCUUUUUUUUUUUUGAAGGAGGUCAAAGUCCUGUUCUGGUUAACUUGUACUGGGAAAAAAAGAUUAGAAUCUUGGGGUGCUGCUUCAUCCCUCCUCUGUU